CAAUCAGAUUUUCUUAAUUUUCUUCCUUUUUUUGGUUUCCUUCUUUUUUAAGCUUUCUGGGUUUUUUCGUAAGUAAGGCGAAGUUUGAUGAUCUCCUUUUUCACGUUUACUUUUUUAAAGCUGUGUUUUAAAUGUUUAUUGGAUUCUUGGUGUAAUCAGAACAGUUUACAGUUUAUACAAAAGAACAUUUUGCCUUGUUUUGUCUUGUUUUCAUUGAAGCAAUCAAACCAAACCACAGCAUAUCCCUCAGUUUACUCAUCUUGGCUUACAACUCUCUAUUAUUUCUCAGUUUUCUUGGCUUCUUUGUCCUCUAACAUCGUUAAAAAGAAAACAAAAAAGGGCUCUCUGGGUUUUACUCGGUUGGGUUUCUUGUUUACGUUGAAGUAUUGCUCAUUUACACUCUUAAUUUGCUUCCUUUAGCUUCUGGGGAACUGCUUUUUCUUUUCGUGGGGAAGUGAACUUUCUUGCUAUGUGUUAUGUUUUCUUAGUGUUUUUGCUGCUUUGAAUUGAUGAUAGCUUCAGUUUUUUUGCUUGAAGGUGCGGAGAUGGUGAGAGGAAAGACUCAAAUGAGGCGCAUAGAGAACGCCACAAGCAGGCAAGUGACCUUCUCUAAGCGGCGAAGUGGGUUGCUAAAGAAGGCUUUUGAGCUAUCAGUCCUUUGUGACGCUGAGGUUGCUCUUAUAAUUUUCUCCCCGAGAGGCAAGCUCUAUGAAUUUGCAAGUUCUAGCAUGCAGGAGACGAUAGAACGUUACAUGAGGCAUACGAAGGAUAAUCGAACCACACCAACUGAACAAAACAUGCAGCAUCUGAAGACUGAAUCAGCAAACAUGGUGAAGAAAAUAGAGCUUCUUCAAGUUUCAAGACGGAAACUACUAGGAGAGUGUUUGGGUUCUUGCACGCUAGAAGAACUACAACAGAUAGAACAACAGUUGGAAAGGAGCGUGAGCCGCGUAAGAGCUAGAAAGACACAAGUUUUCAAGGAACAGAUAGAGCAAUUGAAAGAAAAGGAGAAAGUCCUAGCUGCGGAAAAUGCAAGGCUUUGUGAGAAGUGUGGUACACAGCCAUGGAAAGGAUCAAACGAGAAGAAAGAGAAUGUACCAUAUGAUGAAAGCAAUCCAUGUUCGAACGUGGAGACUGAAUUGUUCAUUGGACUACCAGAAGGGAGAACAAAACGCACCCUGCAACACAACUGAUUGAUGACAACUCAUUCCACCCUUUGCAAAUAUGAAUACAAGGCAGAAAGUUCACAUAUUAAGCAUCCAGUUUGUUUGCAUUAGAUUCAAAUAAAAUUCAUAUCAGCAGAUGUAUG